AUGAAAAAAAAGUCGAAGGUGCAAAAACGCCAAGUUAACAACUCAAACGAUUUGAAUUGGAAACCCGUCGAUGAUGAUUAUGAUUUGGGCAGUGGUGAUGGUAUUUUCUACGGCCUCGAAGAGAUCGAUGGUGUAGAAGUACAAACAGAGGGCGGAGGGGUUAGUUUUUUGGUUGCCGACAGUACUGACCUCGAAAACGAGAUCAAGGAUGAGACACGGGUUGUAAAGGGAAAAAAUAAUAGCUCCGACAUUAAAACAAAAAGUUCAAAAAAGGAGGAACAGCUUUCUGGCUUCUCUCACCUUGAAUCUUCUGCUGGUGCCCAGGUCGAAGUCGAAAUCGAAUCAUUGGGAUCCUGGCCGUCUCUCGAUCCGGCUAUUCUGGGUGCUCUCAAGUCAGUAGGCUACGAGAAUCCAACCAAAAUUCAGCAAGAAUGCAUACCAACCGUUUUGGAUGGCAAAGAUUUGAUUGGCAAGGCGGCAACGGGCAGCGGUAAAACUUUGGCUUACGGAUUGCCGAUUAUAGAAGCCUUUUUAGCCAAACCAGACACCCCGGUCGCUUUAAUUAUUGCUCCAACUCGUGAACUGGCCCAUCAAAUCAAGGAUCACAUGAAUGCUAUCAUUUCAAAAGCUGUAACAGAGCACACUUCUGGUGUUGUCGCCCUCACAGGAGGCUUAGCCAUUCAAAAACAGCUGCGUCUACUUGAAAAUAAUCCAGUGGCUAUAGUUGGUACGCCUGGUCGGUUACUACAGGUUCUGGAACAAAUGCCCGGGACCAAACGAAAUGUGUACACAGCUAUCUCAACUAUUGUGCUUGAUGAGGCGGAUCGGCUGGUCCAAUCCAAUAGCUUCGAAGAGCUGGGCAAUAUUCUGGAUAUAUUAGGUCGUGGAAAACAUCAAACAUUAGUUUUUUCGGCAACCUUCGAGCCUGAUCUUUGGUCACAGCUUGCUAAAGGUAAGCGUCGCCGCAGUCUCGAUAUUCGCCAGGUUCUCCAAGAAAAACUAGGCUUGAACAAAAAUGCCCGCUUCAUUGAUGUCGACCCUGAGCAGACUGUGGCAGAGAACAUUGUUCAAAGCGUGAUCGAGUGUCCUGCAAUGGAAAAAGAUAGUUACCUAUACUAUUUCGGGCUUUUGUACCCCGGAAAGACAAUCGUAUUUGUGAACAGUGUCGAUGCUGUGAAAAGAAUUGUUCCUUUACUGAAGGAGCUCAAACUGGAAGCAUUUGGUGUGCAUAGUGAUAUGAUGCAAAAGCAACGGUUACGCUCUCUUGAACGCUUUGCAGCUACUAAAUCUUCUGUGCUUGUAGCAACUGACGUUGCCGCCCGAGGUUUGGAUAUUCCCAAGGUCGACCAUGUCGUACAUUAUCACCUCCCACGCACUGCGGAUAUGUAUGUGCAUCGAUCCGGAAGAACUGCACGUGCUGGUGCAAGAGGCGUUUCGGUUGUUCUUUGCUCCCCUGAUGAAGUUCGGCCACUAGCAGGGUUACAGAAACUUGUAAGCACUCAAUUAAAAGAGUUCACUGUUGAUUUGACGGUACUAGCUCGUCUCAAAGAACGUGUACUCCUCGCAAAACGUAUAGCAGACGCAAAUUCUUCCAAAGCGCAUAAAGGUAAGGCAAAUGGGUGGUUAGAUCAAGCAGCAGAAGAUUUGGGAAUAGACUUGAGCGACAGCGAGCGCGAGCUGAUUAUGGGUAACAAGAAAGUAAGCACUCAAUCAGAUUCCGAUACGAGGGUAUUAAGGGCAGAGCUUGAGUCCCUGCUAUCCCGCAAAGUUGCACCUAACCGGAAAUAUCUUACGGCUGGCACCUUUAACAUGGCUCAAGCGAUGCUUGCGCAGCCUGACGCUGUUGUUCCAGGAAAGGCAAUAGUUUCCGCUCUCGAUGAGCUUGCCCCUCGUAAGAAGAGCAAGAAGUAG